AAAUAAAUAUCCCCUUCACCCGCCACAGUGAACCCAUCACCCAUCAAUGGCCUCUUCAUUUUCUUCUUCGUCUUCGUUUUUGAUUCUAGGGUUUGUUUUGAGUUUGUUUCUUCUGCAAAUCAACCUUUCCUAUUCUCUCACCUGUUCAUCACAGCAGUUCUCGAGCAACAGACUUUAUGACCACUGCAAUGAUCUUCCACACUUGAGCUCUUACCUUCACUGGACCUACGAUUCAUCAAAUUCGUCUCUGAAGAUAGCUUUCUUGGCUACUCCUGCUAAAACUGAUGGAUGGGUUGCUUGGGCUAUCAAUCCUCAGUCACCUUCCAUGAUUGGUGCUCAAGCUUUGAUCGCUUACAAGUUGGAUGGGAAUAUGACUAUGAAGACCUUCAAUAUAACCUCUUACAAAUCAAUCACUCCUUCGAAAAUUGCUUAUGAGGUCUGGGAUAUGGAGGCUGAGUACUCAGAUGGGAUGAUGAGGAUCUUUGCAACCGUAGGAUUACCCAGUCAGAUGACGACGAUUAAUCAAGUUUGGCAGGUUGGGGGUGCUGUGUCAAAUGGGAUUCCGGUUAUUCAUGCGUUCCAGUCUGCAAAUUUGAACUCUAAGGGAACCCUUGAUUUGUUGAAAGGGGAGAGCGGCUCCACGACUGGAGGGAAUGAUAGGAUUAGGAAGAAAAACAUUCAUGGAAUAUUGAAUGCUGUCAGUUGGGGAAUUUUGUUUCCCUUUGGAGCCAUUAUUGCAAGGUACCUGAGGACGUUCCAGUCUGCAGAUCCUGCGUGGUUUUAUCUUCAUGUGUCCUGCCAGUUCUCUGCUUAUGUUGUUGGUGUUGCUGGUUGGGCAACUGGUCUUAAGCUUGGGAGUGAAUCAAAGGGAGUGGUGUACUCUGCCCACAGAAAUAUUGGGAUUGCCCUCUUUUGUGUUGCAACUGUGCAGAUUUUUGCAAUGUUCCUGAGACCUAAGAACGAUCACAAGUACCGCAAAUACUGGAAUGUCUACCACCAUGGUAUUGGCUACACCAUUAUCAUCCUUGGCAUCAUCAAUGUGUUUAAAGGUCUGGAUAUAUUGGUUCCUGAUCACAAGUGGAAGAAAGCUUAUGUCAUUGUGCUUAUUGUGUUGGGUGCUAUUGCUCUUCUGCUGGAGGCAAUUACAUGGACUGUAGUAUUGAAGAGGAAGUCUAGCAAUUCUACCAAGCCAUAUGAUGGCACCAAUGGCAGGCAGUAGCUGCUCACAAUAUGAUCUGUUGGUUGUUGUUCUUGCAGAAUCUUCUUCUUUGAUCUUCUUAUUGUGUAUUAAUUCAGAUGAUGGGUUGUUAUUGUUGUUCACAGGAGUUUCUCUUUCCCCCCUCCCCCAACUUUUUGUUCAUCUUGUGUAUACUGGGUUAGUUGCAGACCUGCAGUUGGGUGUCCCUUUAGAAUAUACAAAUAGGUUUCAGUUCUGUUAUUCCUGUCUGUCUUAUAUUAGGUAUGGGUUGAGGGUUUUACAGCCCCCCAAACAUAUCUGUCUAUUUCUCUAUUGUAAUACAUAGAAUUGCAUUCAACCUUUUGAAAUCAAUCAUGGCCCCUUGUUUA